AAUCGCCCCAACAUAUCGCACACAGGACUCAGGAAUAUCUGCAUGGCUGAAAAAAAAAAAUGAAAAAAAAUAAAGAAUUUAAGAAAAUCACGUCCUCACAAACUCCGCGUUCAGGUUACGUUAGCCUGUCAGCUGAGGUGAGACAUGCCGUAACUGUAAUCUUGAUCAUCUCAGACCCACUGAGAGUCGGUGCUAACGUUAGCCGCCUGCUAACAUCCAGGUCGCGUUAGCCAGAGGAAAACAUGAAACGAACGGGGAGGAGACGUAGCUCUGUGUGGGACUGCUUUGAGCAAGUGGGAAACUUUGUCCGCUGCACGAAAUGCAACGCUACGUUAAAGUAUUGCGGUGGAGCCACCAGCUCCAUGAUUAACCACAUGAGCAGGCAUCAUCCUUCUAACACAAUGGCAGACGAAGACGAGAAGCCCGUUAUCUGCGCCGUCCAGUGCAUCGAUGAGGACAGUAGUGCUAACUCAGACAUGCAGCUUUCUUUAAUGGCGCCCAAUCUAAACGUGACCGGCCCAUCUGAGCGUGGAACGGAGUGUGUUGAGAGAAAGCGCCUGAAACGCAGCUCUGUCUGGGACAUUUUCAUCAAAGUGGACGACGAGGUUCACUGCACCAUGUGUGACACAAAGCUGAAAUACAGGAGCAGCACCACCAGCAUGAUGUACCACAUCAAAAACAAACACUCAGACACGAUGCCUCAUGACGGCAUGGCACUGGCAACACAUGCAGAAGUGACCGAGCUCAUCUCCAGAAUGAUACAGAAGGACAUGCUGCCCAUCACUGUGGUUAAUGGGGAUGGUUUUCGUGAACUGCUUGCGUACACUGUGCAUAAUUAUAAAAUGCCUUCUGCGGGUGAUAUUUUGCGCCUUGUUGAGGGACAUUUCCAUGAGAAGGUGGAAGAACUCAUGGUGCAGCUUAGUAAAGUGGAGAAGGUGGCUCUAACUGCAGACUGCUGGACAGCUCUCCCAUAUCAGAAGUACAUUACAGUUUCCUGUUCAUUCAUAACUGAAGACUGGCAGGGGAGGUCAGCUGUUCUGCAAACACACAAGCUUCCAUCAGACACACACAUUACUGCUGACAGUGUCUCGGAGAGGCUUCUCAACACUGUGCACACCUGGGGUAUCAAAGAGAAGGUCACAGCAUGUGUCCAUAACACACAGGACAUUGUGUCAGCCUAUACUUGUGGCCAUGUCACCUGGGGCUACGCUCCCUGCUUUGCCACUACAUUACAGCAGGCAGUCAAUGAUGGCCUUAAUAAUGACCUACUUCACAUUAUUGUAGUUGCAGGAAAAUUAGUGAAGCACUUUAACAGCAAUUUGCUCGCAAGUGAGGCCUUGGAGCAAAAGCAAGUUCAGAUGUGCCUACCUCAACACAAGCUCCUCCAGUCAAGCAAAUCCAGAUGGGACACUAUAUGUGACAUGUUUGAACGGCUGCUUGAGCAACGGUGGGCGAUUAAAGCGGUGCUCUCAGAUCGCACAGUCACAAACAGACAGGAGGCGCAAGCCCUUGAAAUUGAAGACGAUUACUGGCAAAUCAUUGAGAAUUUCACACCAGUGCUGGCAACACUGAAAUGGGCAACUACAGUUAUAUCUGCUGAAACAGAGGUGUCCAUAUCAAACAUCUAUCCAAUCACAUUCAGCCUCAUACAAAUACACCUCAUACCAAAGGAGAGUGAUGUUGAACAAGUUUCUGAGUUCAAGCUGAAAGUUCAGAAGUCACUUAGAAAUCACAUGGAGGUUGAUUCUAAUGACCUAGCCUCCAAACCAGCUCUGAUUGCUUCUAUGCUGGACCCUCGUCACAAACAUCUUAGCUUCCUGACACCAACAGGGCGACUGGCUGCAAAAGUUAAACUGCAUGAAUUGGUUUCAAGGUUAGAUGCGAUUACUAAUACAGUGAGCCCAAAAGACGAACAGCAGGAGACUCUGGUUACACCCGAUGUUAGCCAGGUGGCUCUGCCCUCACAAAUGAGAAGUGACACAAAAAACACCAUGAUGUUACUGCUAGGAGACAAUUAUAGUUCCUCCUAUGCCACUGACUCUGAGGCUCAAGUUGAUUACUAUUUGAGAGACAUUGCUCCCUCACUGGACAUUAACCCUCUUGACUGGUGGAAGGUAAAUGGACCACGAUUCCCCAAACUGGCAACUCUGGCACGACACUAUCUGUGUGUGCCUGGAGUGUCAUUGCCUUCUUUACUGUCUGAUACUGGACAAACGUUUGCAAUGAUGCGUACCAGACUUAGCCCAGAGCAUGUUAACAUGAUGAUCUUUGUUAACAGAAAUAUGUAAAUUACAUUACACAAAGAAGAUUUAUGAUACUGAAACUGGGUCAGAAGCAAGUACUCCCCAUUGUAAAACUUUUACACCUGCUGGUGCUGAAAAGGUCUGUCAGCAAAGUGAAAAAUACUCCCCUUAACAGCUGCUGUCAGUUGUACUGUCAGUUGAGACUGAUACACUGGGCUGAAAAAAUGGGCAUUGUGCCAGAGAAAAUUUGUCAGCAAUACACUGCAUAAAUAAAAGGAGACAAGGUAUUCUUGUCAGUUAAUAUCUGAUCGAAGCAUGCCCCAACUGUCUAGUCUAGAUUAGCAAAGUGCAUCUAAACUUUAGCUAUUAGUGACACAGAUACCUUAUCGUAGAGGUUUUUGUACAUGGUUGUUGCAUUGGAAAAAACAACAAAACUGACUCUAAAAAAAACAGGUAAAAAUAAAUUCUCUCUGUAUUCAUUUGCUUCUAUAUUGAAGUACAGCAUCUUAAAAGUACAUACAGCAGCAGCAGGUGUGUGAUGAUCUGUCUCGGGACCAGUCGUUUUUGGCAGAUCUUCUCUCCGUCCCAGAGCACAGCCUCAGUGAUGGCACCGUCCUGGAAACGACGCAGCUCAGAGCGAGAGCCCCACAGCUGUCGAAACUCAGCCGCCUGGUACAAGAUCACGAACAGUGUUUACUAUGAAGGAUGUCAACAGCAAGCAAAGACACUACACCGCCAUAUGGAAGAAAACAUCUGAACACAUUCCACACACAAACGGAAAUGUACGUAGUAGAUUAGUUGUUCACAAGAAAUUGAAAAAAAAGAUUUGUAGCCACAUUGGUGAUGAAAAUAUCUGUGGUGAUUACUGAGCUUGUGUAAAGUGUAAGAUUCCUGACAAAUGUCAUCUUAUGUGUAAAGUAUUGUAAGUACAUUUCUUUACCAUUGUACUAAUUAAGAGUAAAAUGAAGUUGCUUGUUUUUAACCCUAUUGGGAUAACGGCACACACUUAUGCAUAGACAUAAGACUGGUGAUGUUAACCUUGGGGCUGUCUGCAGACGGGCCUCUCUCCAGGACAGACACUGCCAGCUCUGGCCUCAAAAGCAAACCGAAGGAGAGAGGAGGCUGGUCUUUGUACUUUGGUGCUUCGCUCUCCACAGACCACUGUAAUGACGAAAUGUUCAGAGAGUUUACUAAAAUCGUUCCUUAAAACAUCCAACUGUAACGUGACUGUUAUAUGAAAACAACAGGAUUCACUUGAAACCAUGUGGAAAAUUGUGUCAGAUUAAUUUGGUAGAUGAGAUAUUUUACAGUACACGUGAAAAACCUGUGGUGAUGUUACAGGAAAUGCCAUAGAACAGGGUAGAGACACUGAUGAGUCUG